AUGCAACGAGUGGCUGACGAUUUAUCAAGAGGCGAUGAUGAGAGUAUGGAUGAGGUUGUUCAAUGGAAUAAGGGUCUAGGUGACGAAGCCAGUGAAGAGUCAGGGGUGGUUCCAACCGCCGAAGAAGUGAUGAUAGCCAAUAUGGAUGGAAAUAAUAGUAACAAGCUGGAUAUAACGACAGCUGGGACCCAUGAAUUACUCGGAGAUCGAACAUCGAUGGAGCCACCAGACAGGAGAGACUUGAGUAGUGACGAAGGUUCACCCAUCACGGGUCAUGAUACCGAGUCUGUCUCUGCGGCAGAAAUAGACGUGUUAGAGAAGACGUACGUUUGCGUGGCUCAAGAGUUAUCCGCAGACGGAACGUUCGACAAUGAUGAUGAUGACUAUGUUUUCCAUGAAGCGAACUAUAUUUCGUUGGAGGAUUACGCGCAUGAGUUGGCAUUUUUGCCAGACUUAACCGAGCCCAGUGUCACAACACUAGACUACGACUCGCCAAAUGUCAAGAAUCCCGAGCUGAGCGGUGGCCAACAACAACAGUUGAUUGACGUACUGAAUAAGCACGAGUCGAUCAUGAUAUCGAGUGGUAAUGCACUACCACCACCUGCAUAUGGAGUCACCUGUGAUAUAGAUGCCGAUAAUCAUACUCCUAUCAAACAAAAGGCACGCAGAAUACCACUGAGGUUCCUGCAGAAGUUGUACGAGCUCCUGAAAGGGUUGCUCAAAGCAGAACUCAUUGCGUUUUCUAAUAGUCCAUGGGCAUCGCCAAUUGUUAUCGUGCUAAAGAAGAAUGACGAAGAUAUUCGAUUAUGUAUCGACUAUAAAAUGGUGAACCAUGUGACAACAGUGAUGGAAUACGCUAUGCCGCUAGUCGACGACCUAUUGACAGAACUGGAAAGCUAUCUUUGGUUCUGUUCUCUCGAUGCAGCAUGGGGGUUCUGGGCAAUCCUGAUGACCAUGAGAGCUAGGAAAAUUUCAGCAUUCGUUUUUGCAUUAGGCCAUUCGAAUGGUUACGAAUGCCAGUCCGAUCCAGUGCUCAGGUUGGUGAACACUGCAACAGCGGACAUGUUCGCGACAAACGAACCGGAUCAGUCAGUCUUAGUCCCGGUUUUUCAACGUCGGUCCUUCGUCGAUGAUGUUUGCUUCGGUGGUACUACGUUUGAAGAUUGUUUGGGUACGUUGGACAAACUCUUGAGGCGUUUCGAAGAAUGCAGGAUCAGUGUUAGUUUCACGAAAAGCAUUUUUUGUCAAUCGAAAGUGGAUUUCUUAUCUCAUGAAGUUUCCUCGGCUGGAAUCCGAGCAGACGUUGAAAAGAUGACUGCAAUUACGGAAUUACCUUUCCCAAAAUCGAAGAAAGGGGUGCAGCAGUUCCUCGGAGCGUUAAAUUACUAUGGACGCUUUAUCCAGGAUUUUGCAGUGUUUGGAGCCGUAUUGUAUCAGCUAAAAGACGAAGAUUUCACUGAGGAAGGUGACUUGUCCGGAGCAAAAGAGAGCUUCCGGAUCUUACAGCGUAAAGUGGCUGAGGCACCUAUACUCCGACACUUCGACAAAACCAAGGAAAUCUUUGUCAUGCUAUAUGCAAACGAGUGGGCGCUGAGCGCUACGCUAAUGCAAAUGCAUGACGACAAGUUACAUCCCGUUAGAUUCUGUGGACGAGUACACAAGGAUGCUGAAAUGAAUUUCCAUUCAGCGGAAAAAGAAACUUGUUAUACCCAACUUGCUGGAAAGAAACUUCAUGUGUAUACGAGGUUUUCGACAUUGGCAUGGGUGUACAAGUCGAAAUCGUUGUUCGGAAGAGCGGUACAGUUCGCUGUGCUGCUAUUGCCAUGGGAACUGGAAGUUGAACGGAUAAAAGAAAAAGAUUACCUUGAUGACUCGUUAGCUUUGGUACCACCGCCUACUAAAGGUUCGCCAAACACUCGACUGCAUCCCAGUUUGCUAUAUGCCCAACUACCAGUCGACUAUUGUGGAUACGUGCUGUCCUUUGAUGGCUCAGCGAAGACUGAGAAGAAUGGUGUAUGGAAGUUGUUCAUGGAUACUGUGGAAAUUGCCUGA